AAACUUUCUUAAUAUGGCUACCUUGCAGUUGCAAAGAGCCAUAGAGAGCCCAACACUUGAGCUUAAAAUUGUAUCAGCCAGUGACCUAAGCCAUGUUGAUGCCGCAGACAAGAUGGACGUAUACGCCAUCGUUUCAAUCAACGGCGAACCUACUCAAAAGACACAAGCGGCCAAAACGCCCAUUGACUACGACGGUGGUUUCAAUCCGACAUGGAAUCACACCAUCAAAUUUUCGUUCAACGAAGAAGCAGCCCUUGAAGGCCUAUUGACCCUCAAAGUCGAGUUAUUCAGCUACUGGCUCGAAGGGAGGGAUGACCUAUAUUUAGGAGAAGUCAACGUCUCCGUUCAAGAGCUUCUCCGUGCAAACGGUAACGUCAAUAAUAAAAUGAAGUCGUUGACUUGCCCUAUCAAACUCACAGACGGAGGAGGAUGUGGCAACGCAAGGUUGAGCAUCUUGUACCGGUUUAAACCAGCACCGGUUGAGGAUCAUACCCCAUCGAUUGGUCAACCGGUUUAUCCAAACCCCGAUCCAGGUCAUCAUCAGCUGGUUGUAUAUUCGCCUCGAAUUCAAACGGGCCGCACAACGAAAAUGGUCCUAGAGGUUGUGAUCAAACACGCCAAGGACAUCAGAGACGUCAACGCCUUUUCGGUGAUGGACGUAUACGCAUCCGUUGCUAUCCUCAAGGACAGGAAGGUGAAGGACAGGAUCAACACCCCUGUCGAUUUCGCCGCGGAUACGAACCCAAAGUUGAACCAUAGGGUUAAGUUCUCUCUCGACGAAAAGUUAGCUCAAGAAGGGCGUUUGAUCCUCCUCGUGGAGAUGAUGAGCCACAGGCCUUUUCUUGGUGAUAAGGAGAUCGGAUUCGUUAGACUUCCGGUUCAACAGCUGUUAGCUUCGAACCCUCCUACUCCGUUAGAAAACGGUGAAGGUAACGGUAUGAAGUUGGAGACGCACGCUUUGACGGGUCCUUAUGGGAAGAAGGGUGUCGUGAGCUUUACGUAUAGGUUUCUUACGGAACAAGUUACAUUUUCAACGGUUCCAACACCAUCAUCAACCACAACAUCCCAACCAUAUAUGUAUCUACCGGUCUCGCCUCACUCAUAUGCAUCGUGA